UUUCUCUUUCUCUCACUACACUCACUACAUUUGAUUUCCAUUAGUAUUUUAAUACAAUUUAAAAAUUAUAUUCAGCAACUUUUUUUUUCAAGAAAUCAAUAACCAGGCACCCUUCCUCUUUCAUCUCUACAAUUUGAUAGUGACCCACGCAGCUUUUUUCCUCCAUUUUUUUGCUUCACCUUCUCCCAUACAGCACACAUUUUUCUGCAAAAUCUCUCAGAAAAAAGAGCAACAAAAAAAAAACCCCGUUAAAAAAAAACUGUAUCUUUUUAUGGCAUAUCAGCUGCAAAAAAUAUAGAGAUUAGCAAGAAAGUGCUGUUCUUGUUUUUUGAGGUAUUUUCCAGUUCUUGAAUCUUGGUUACUGAAUACAAAUAUUUGCUAAAAAACCCUUUUGAUUUGCCUAUAUUUGUGUUAAGCCCCAUUAGGGUUUAUUUGAGGUUCAAAGCAGCUGUUAGUAGUAUUGGCCUAUUGGGUUUUCUGUGUUUGUAUAGUAGCUCAAUGUAGAAAAGGAUAAACCCUAGAAUUAAAACAGCAAUUGUAGGUUUUUGGGUUGAAUCAAGAUUUGGUUUUUGAGAAGAAAACAAAUAUUGAAUUUGAUUUGCCUAUAUUUGUGUAAACCCGUUAGGGUUAAUUGGGUCUUUUUUGGUUUGUAUUGUAGCUCAAUGUAGAGAAGGAUAAAGCCUACAACCAGAACAGCAAUUUUAGGUUUUUGGGUUGAAGCAAGAUUUGGGUUUUUGGUAAAAAGAUUGAAUUUUUAUUUGUAAAGAUAGAAAUAUAUGUAAGUAGUGGGUUAUGGCUUUUGAUCAGAAUUCAAUUCCUAAAGAUUUGCGCCCGUUGAACAUUGUUAGGACAGUGCCAGAAGACUCUGGCAUUGCUUCUGUGACCACAUCUGGUAGACCCGUUGAGGGGUUUUAUGGUAACCCAACCCGGGAUGUUGGAGGUAGUCCUGGAACUAUACCUGGGGUUUAUUACCCUACCACUGUAGCGGAUGCUGGGUUUGUAGGAUUAGGGUUUACCAAUGCCGGCCCAGGAGCGACCGGUUGGGUCCCACAGGUUGUGCCUUCUCAACCUCCUGGUGUUGUUAGUGUUGGCGUUAUGAAUUCGGGAAGUGGGUCAUCGAAGAAUCUGCAUUUUGGGGCACGUGUUAGUAGUAAUGCGUCUGAUCGUGCUAGUGAUGAUGGUGGUGAUGAUUCGGUGUCGGGGAGGAAAGUUAAGUUUUUGUGUAGUUUUGGGGGGAGGAUAAUGCCGAGGCCGAGUGAUGGCGCAUUGAGAUAUGUGGGUGGACAGACUAGGAUUAUUAGUGUUAGGAGGGAGGUGAGUUUUGCUGAACUGGUUCACAAAAUAGUAGAUACUUAUGGGCAGGAUGUGGUGAUUAAGUACCAGUUGCCUGAUGAGGAUCUUGACGCGCUAGUGUCUGUUUCUUGUCCGGAAGAUCUUGAAAAUAUGAUGGAUGAGUACGAAAAGUUGGUUGAAAGAGCGUCAGAUGGGUCUGCUAAAUUGAGGGUGUUCCUGUUUUCGGCUUCAGAGCUAGAAUCGUCCGGUGUGGUGCAAUUAAGAGAUCUGCAAGAUAGUGGACAGAGGUAUGUCGAGGCAGUGAAUGGGAUUGGUGAUGGGUUUAGUGGUAUUGGUAUUACUAGGAAAGGGAGUACCGCUAGUGCUGGUUCCACCCAGAAUUCAGAAUUUAGUGGCUCUGAAGCUGUUGAUAGCUUAGCCAAUGGUCAAGGGGAGCUUAGAGGCAUACCUGCUGUUGACGCACUAUCACCUAGUGGGACUUCUGCUACCUCUCAAGAACCUGCUUAUCGAUUGGUGUAUACAGAUGCAAAUCCUGCAACUCAUGCCGAUGCUCCUGUCACUCCAAUGACCAUUCCAUUAGUCGUUCCCGGGCCAGUGCCAAGCUUAUCUGCUCAGCCGGAGAAUGCGUUAGAGAAAUCUGUGCCUGUCGCUGCUGCACAGCAGCGACAGAUGGGUUAUGAUAUGCAGCAAACAGGAGUGACUUAUCCAGGAACUACACCAUAUGUCCCGACUUAUGUGGAUCCUCAAAGGGAGAACCUAAACCGUGCAGAUUAUGUUCAAAUACCUUCCCAGAUGGGAUUCCCGAGGCAGCUUUUGGGAACUGUUGGGCCAGUAAUCAAUCAGCAGCAUAUAAUUGCUGGUGCUCCGACUCAGCAGUUUGUCCCUGCUCUUCACAUGACAAUGACUCCUUCCGCUCAUGUCAGUAUGAAUCCUAAUAUGGUUCCUUCACUGAUUCAGCCCCAACAUGUUAGGUUUGAAAAUUAUCCUGCAGAAGGCACAUUGGGGCCGAGAGUUGUGCAUUUCCCUGUUGACCAAGGAUAUAGUGCUUAUCAGCAUCAGGUCCCUCCUGCAGCUUACGGAUGGCACCAGAUUCCGCAGUCUCAGCAGGCACCACUUUCUGAAGGCCAGGUGCCUCCACCACUGGUUACUGGUUCUGAGGCGUUAUCUCGGUUUGAUGACUGUCUAAUGUGUCAAAAAUCGCUGCCUCAUGCACACUCAGAUACAGUAGCAGUGGAACAAAGGGAGAGUCCUGCAAGCAUAACAUCUGAUUUUAAUUCAGUGUAUCAUAGCCUUAGAUUGGAUGAAAGGGGUCGGCCUAUUCACCGAGCUGUUACAACCGGAACGUUAGGUGAGGGGGCUGUUGAACAACAAGGAGCUUCUGUUGGGCAAAGAAUUGGGGGUCAAGCUGAGGCAGUUGGAGUCUCACAAAAUGUUGAUAAACAGUAUGAAUAUGAUAGGAACCUCCAAAAGCCUGAGUUUGUGCCAGAGCACCCAAAGGUGUCAGUUCCCCAAGGUAUGAUAGGGUUAACGGGUACGAUGCAAUCACCUUAUGGAGUUUUUGUUGGUGCUGUUCCUCAACCGUACCAUGUUAAUGCCACUGAGCAGCUUAUGGUUUCACCACAGUAUCAGAUUAAACAAGAAGUUGCUGUGAACAAACCAGUCAAUAAUGAUUUCCUUAAAGUUGGAGUUGUGCCUGGUCAAAUAGUGGAUAACUUAUGUGGCGAAUCUCCCAAAAACUAUGGUGGAAACACUCCUGCCAUGCCUCCAAAAGAAGAUGAUGUAGAGUCCUUAACGGCUUACAACCACUUGAGACAAAUUGAAGGAAGAAUGGAAAAUCUCCUGAUAAACCCCGCUGAAGUGUUAGCACCUAAUGAGCAGAGUAAGCCAACUGUUGAUAACUUUAGAAGGGAAGACAUGUUGAAUAACAGAGUUCAACAGUUUGGUGGGAGGGAAGGAUAUCCAGGUUUGGUUACAAGUUACGUGAAUCCAAAUGAAAUACCAGCUUCUUCAAAUGACGCUCCUUUCAUGCAUAACAUUCGCGCCGCAGAAGGAUAUGAAGUCUCUUCCCAUGUAACUGCCAAUGCAACAGAAAGAACUCUAGCUAUUGGUGAAUGGAAAGAUGGGCCCCAGCAUUUCCAGCAAAUGUUGAGUCCUACAACUACAGAAAUGGCUGUACUCGAUGGUACCCCACCAUUUGUACAGGAAAGCUCAAAUUCUUUAUAUAGCAACCAGGAUCCUUGGAGUUUGCAACAUGAUGCCCAUUUCCCUCCUCCUAAACCUAGUAAACUUCAGCUAAAAAAGGAAGCUGCUGGCACCAAGGAUUACUCUGGCGAGAAUCGUUUUGGCAAUAACAUUGAGUUGCCAACUGUUACUAAGGGGGGAUUACAAACACAAAUUCGGUUGGAAGAUGGAGCUUGCCUGCCUUCAGGUAAUACAGAUUUCAGUUCAGAUCAAUCACGGUCCAAGAAAGGCUCAGCAGAGGAAAUGAUCAAGCGAGAACUUCAGGCUGUUGCCGAGGGUGUCGCCGCUUCUGUUCUUCAGUCAUCAACUCCAUCUAAUGCUGACCUUUCCAUAUCUUCUACUCAACUGAAUGCUGAAUUUGAAAGCGCUGAUGCCGGAAAGGACACCAAAGAUAAAUUUGAGGAAACUAAGACUCAAUUUCCAGAGAGAGCAAAUUUUGGAUUUCCUGUUUCAGAUGGCAUUGGACGCUUGCAGAUUAUAAAGAAUAGUGACCUCGAGGAGAUGCGAGAAUUGGGUUCUGGUACAUUUGGCACUGUUUAUCAUGGAAAGUGGAGGGGUACUGAUGUUGCAAUUAAAAGGAUUAAUGAUAGGUGUUUUGCUGGGAAAGCUUCAGAACAAGAGCGCAUGAGGGAUGAUUUCUGGAAUGAGGCCAUCAAACUCGCAGAUUUGCACCAUCCGAACGUUGUUGCAUUCUAUGGUGUUGUGCUAGAUGGUCCAGGUGGCUCAGUGGCAACUGUUACAGAAUAUAUGGUUAACGGGUCCUUGAGAAAUGCUUUACAGAAGAAUGAGAGGAAUCUGGAUAAGCGGAAACGCCUCGUUAUCGCGAUGGAUGUUGCAUUUGGAAUGGAGUAUUUGCAUGGGAAGAAUAUAGUGCACUUUGACUUGAAAAGUGACAAUCUGUUGGUUAAUCUCCGUGAUCCCCACCGUCCAAUAUGCAAGGUUGGUGAUUUGGGGCUAUCCAAAGUGAAGUGUCAAACACUAAUAUCAGGCGGUGUACGCGGAACUCUUCCCUGGAUGGCACCAGAACUUCUAAAUGGGAGCAGUAGUCUUGUCUCUGAGAAGGUUGAUGUAUUUUCCUUUGGAAUUGUGAUGUGGGAACUUCUUACGGGAGAAGAACCAUAUGCCGAGUUGCACUAUGGAGCUAUCAUUGGUGGUAUCGUGAGUAAUACAUUGCGGCCGCCUGUGCCGGAAUCCUGUGAUGCGGAUUGGAGGAUACUCAUGGAGAGGUGUUGGUCAGCUGAACCGUCGGAAAGGCCUAGCUUUACUGAGAUUGCCAAUGAUCUGAGAGUGAUGCAAUCUAAGCUCCCUCCCAAAGGACAAAACCAACAAUCACCUCCUUCAGCAAAUACCAACCAAGCUAAAAGUUGAUGUUCUACAUUUGUCUGUUAUAGAUUUUUCCUACCAUGAUUGACAUGUGGAAGCUGAAGUUGGUAUAUAGAUUUAGCUUAUAAAUGUAACAAAAAUUAUAGUGGUAUCUUACUUUUGUUUUCUGGUACUUAGAUUUACAUCCCAUUCCAUUUUAUUAUUGGAUUAAUUUAGCAUUCUACUGCAAUCUAACGUA